AUGACGAGGUUUAUUCAAUUUUUAAUUCUAUUUACUGUAGUUUUAUUCUUCUCGUCCCUUCCAAGUGCUGUCAACUCCCAAGCCUCUCCCAACAAGCAAUCUUUCUACGUCGAGGGACAAGUUUAUUGCGACACUUGUCGUGCUCAGUUCAUUAACAAGCUUACUGAGUUCAUGCCUGGUGCCGAAGUAAAACUCCAGUGCAGAGGUGAGGAGGAAGGCAACAUAACAUACACCGUUUCAGGUAAAACCAACGACAAAGGCGUCUAUCGCCUGCCCGUUAAAGGGGAUCACGAGGACGAAUUUUGUCAAAUCAAGCUGAUUUCAAGCACCAGAAAAGAUUGUGAUGAAAUCCCUGAUGAAGGAUGGACAAAACAAGCCUCCAGCAUUACACUGACAAUCAACAAUGGCAUGCAUGGUGAUGUACGUUCAGCAAACCCUCUUGGAUUCUUGAAGAAAAAAGCUCUUCCAGAAUGUAUAGAACUCUGGAAGGAAUUGGAUAUCUUGCCCCCAGAUCUGUGA